AUGGAUAGUGAAUUAAUAGAUAUACCAAUUGAUUUUGAUGAACCAAAAUUAGAAUCAUAAGAAUCUUGUCCAGGAGAAAAAGAAAUUGUGUCUGAAAUAUUAUAUCCAGCUUUGUCAUAAAUACAAAGUGAAAUCAUAUAGAAAUCAAACAUUCAUAAAAUCUCAUUUCAUCUCACAGAAUAAGUUUAAUAGAGUUACACAUAAUAUUAUGAAAAUAUAUCAUAUGUUCUUUGGAGUUAAAUUGAUGAUGAACCAGCUAAAACAGUUAAUCGUAAAUACACUCAUUUUGAAUGGCUUAAUGCAGCAUUAAAAAGAGAGUUUCCAGGAAUACUUAUUCCAGCAAUUCCAUAAAAAUCUGUUUUAGCAAAAAUCAAUUUAACUGAACAUACUCAAAUUGUUAGAGAGAAAAGAUAUAGAGUAUUUAUGUAAAUUAGAUUUUAGCAAUUCGAAGAAUUUUUAAAUAAAAUUAAAGAGCAUCCUUAAUUGUAAAUUAGUAGCAAAUUUCAAAUAUUUCUUACAGCAUCAUAAGAUGUAUAAUUAUAUAAUAAUUUAUUAGAUUAUGUAAUAAGAACUAUUAGAAUUAACAUAAUAUCAAACUUAUGUUUAUUAGAUAGGUUCAGCACUUGCAAAUGCUGGAUCAAAGGCUUAUGAUAUUGCUAAAGGAUCUUUUAAUUAUUUAAGUAGUUUUAUUUACACGGCAUAAUAGAAUACUUAAAAAUAACUACAAUAUCCUGAAUUAGAAAUUCCAUAAGAUAUAAAAGAAUGCUUUGAAAGUUGGGAAGAUGUAUUAUUUAUAUAUAAAACAAUCCAUUAGUUAUUAAUUGAAGAAUAAUAGAAGGUUAAAAGAAUUUUUGAUUACUACUAAAAUAUUGUCAAUAUUAAAUUAGAAUAAAAUGAAGAAACAAAAAAAGUAAUUGCCUCCAUGAAAGAACUCUAACUUCCUUAAUUAGAAAAAGAUAUCAAUAGAACUGAAACAAGUUGUUACCUCAAUGAAACAAUAUUAAAUGAUAUUAAAUUGAAUGUCAUUUUCAAAUUAGAAGUACACAUUUGUUUUUUAUUAAUAGUUAUGCAUUCUAGAUUUAGAUGAAGCUAUAGGAAUAAUUAGAAGACGAUCUGAUUUAAUUUAUUAAAUUUAGUAAUAAAUCAAAAUGCACAAUCAAAUUGAAUCUUUUAAUGGUAUUUCUAAUUAUUGUAUUAAGAAAAAAUUUAAUAUAAAGAACAAAUUAGAGAAAACCAAAAACUAUUAAAAGUUUUAGAAUCAAACUUUUAGAGUGAUAUUAAGAUUUUUGCUAAUUGGCUUAACAAAUAUCUUUAAUAAUUAAUAGAAAAUUACAAUGAAUAAUUUUAAAAAUUAUAUAAAGAAUAAAACAAAAAUUGGAAUGAUUGA